AUGACUCCUGCAAACUAUUUGGAAGAGAUUAAAAAUUUUGUAUUUCACGAAAACAAAAUUGUUACUUACAAGUGGCUAAGUCGGCGUUUUGGAAUUCACGCGAAUAAAGCUAAACAAAUGCUUUUUGAAUUUAUGUUUUUAGCUUCUAAUGAAUCCGCACACGCUGUUUAUUGCCUUUGUGGCGUUUCCGAAGGUGGGCUUCACACAGUUAAACUUGUACUUCAGGAAGACUUAGAAGAAAUAACAAAAACAUUCAACGUCUUGACUAGCAUACAUAUAUACAGUGUAGAAUCCUGUCGCCCAAAGGAAUCGUUCGCUCUUGCUACGGUAAAUCGCGAAAUAUCAAAGUUAAUACCAAAGAAAGAGAAAAUUAUUGUGAACGAUCUUG